AUGAACGACGUCCAGCGACGCAAGCCAUGGGUCCUCCUCUUGGCGUGCCUCGUGGACAUGGGCAACUCGUACUGCUACGACACGCCGUCCGCGCUCAAGUCGCAGCUUCAGGAGCACUUGCAUGGCAUGCCCACCGCGUCGUUUGAGAUGGCCUUUAACCUGCUCUACACGGUCUACUCGGUGCCCAACAUUGUGUUGCCACUGCUCGGCGGCCUUGUGACGGACCGCAUUGGCCCGCGCAGCAUGCUUGUUGUCGUGACGCUGCUCAUUCUCGUCGGCCACGGCAUCUUCGCCGCCGGCAACCAGCUGCAGAGCGUGCCCGUCAUGCUGCUCGGGCGGGUCGUCUUUGGCCUCGGUGGUGAGACCAUUUCGGUCGCCCAAGCCACCGUCCUCGCCGUCUGGUUUGAGAGCAACGAGCUGGCACUCGCCAACGGAUUUGCGCUGAGUACGUCCAAGCUCGCGACAACGCUCAACAACGAGCUGAGUCCCGUGCUCGCUGAAGCGUUCGGUCUCUCGAGUGCCAUCUGGGCCGGCGUUAUUGUGUGUGCGCUCGCCUUCCUCGCGACGCUCGCGCUCUAUCAAAUUAGCGAGCGCAGCGUGUACGACAAGGAUGACGACGUCCGCGUGCAGCUGUCCGACGUCUUUGAAUUUAGGUGCGACUGCAACCCGUCGGUAACCCUAACCUCCCCUAUCCCUAGCACCACCUUUUGGCUCAUGGCCGGCGCGUUCUUCGUGCUGUACGCAGCAACAGGUCCAUUCAACAACGUCGCAAGCAGUGUAUUUCUGGAGCGCGACUAUUACAAGGCACUCCCGACUGCGUGCCAGCGCUGCGGGCUCGGCGCGUACGCUGGCGACGUCACCUGCUCGAGCUUGCCGCUGACCUGUCCGCCGUCUCCGCCCUUCGCACACCCGCUGCCACUCCUCUCGGUCCACUGCGCUCUGAAUCAAACGCAGUGCCAGCGCGUACCACCGUAUGUGCGCGCGCACCACAUCAACUGCGACGCCGAGUUUUGGAAAAAGGGCGAGGUGACCAAGGAGUACUGCAGCGUCAAGUACGCCGCUGAGCAAGCCGCGGCGUUUCCGCUCAGCAUCGCACCGCUGCUCGUGGCCGCCACGGCGCCGCUUUCGGGCUACCUUGUCGACCAUCUUGGGCAUCGCGCGGUUUUGGCCACGGGCGCGAUGGUGCUCUUGGGGCUCUCGCACGCGCUGAUUGGCUACACGUGGCUCUCUCUGUACGUCCCGCUUGUCCUCCAAGGAAUGGGGUUUAGCGUCUUUUUGUCGGCGCUCUGGCCCGCCGUGUCGUAUUGCGUUGCGCCGCACCACGUGGGCACAGCGUAUGGCGUCCUCUGCGCUGUUUUGAACUUUGGCCUUGCGCUCGUCCCGAUGCUCGUGGUCAUCGAACACAACCUUACGGGUGUCUACGUGCCGUAUGUAAAUGGUAUGUUCAUGGUCCUCUCGCUCCUUGGUGUCGGCAUCUGCGCCACCUUGUGUGUCGUGGACCAUGCGAACGGCGGUGCACUGGACGGUAUUACAAUGACCCAAGUCCAGCCACCGCCAGUGCUUCUCUCGGAGGUGCUCGCGACCGAAGAGACGUGUUUGGUGGCAGUCUCGGCCGUCGGCUACGGGACCUAG